AUGGGCUUCUCUCCUUCCAGGUUCCACUUCGUGGGAAUCAUAUUUUUUCUCCUGGGAUUAGGGACUCUUCUUCCGUGGAAUUUUUUCAUCACAGCCAUUCCGUAUUUCAAGGAAAGGCUCAGGGGGAACUGCUCUGCCGGGUGGGAGGCGACUGAGAAUCGGACAGCCUUGAACCCCCAGCCGGUGUCUACCUGCGAAGACGAAUUCAGCUUCAGUAACUGGCUGACCCUCCUUUCUCAGUUGCCUUUGCUGCUUUUCACCUUUCUCAACUCCAUCCUCUACCGAUGCAUUUCGGACAAAGUGCGCAUUCUGGGCAGCCUGACUGGGAUCCUGUUCCUCUUUGUGCUGACCGCAAUCCUGGUUACGGUGACGAUGUCACCCCAGAGUUUCUUCUCCAUCACCAUGGCAAGCGUCUGGUUCAUUAACUCCUUCUGUGCCGUCCUGCAAGGGAGUCUUUUUGGCCUGCUGGGGUCUUUUCCGCAGAAAUACAGCACCCUCUUUCUCAGCGGUCAAGGAAUGGCGGGAAUGUUUGCAGCCAUUGCCAUGGUGCUUUCCAUGGCCAGUGGCUUGGGCUUCCGGUCGUCCGCCCUCAUCUAUUUCGUCACCCCCUGUGUUGGGACCUUAGUUUCCAUCGCCUGCUUUCUCUUGCUGCCUCACCAGGCCUUCACGCGUUACUAUCUGGACAAGAGACCACAAGAAAUUUUGAGAUGUGAACUGGAAACGAAGGCCGGUCUUCUUUCACCAGAGGAUGGCUCCGCUCUUGUGGCAGACAGUUCCAAGGGAGAACCACUCCCCGUGAAGAACGGAAAGGCCAUAGUCGCGGAGCAGGGCGGCUCGGCUUGCCUGCCAGAGAUUAUGAACGGGGGGAGUGGGGUGGGCAUGGAUGCCCCCAGCCCCUCCCUUUUCGGUGUGCUCAAGAAGAUUUGGCUGCUGGCCCUCUCCAUCGUUAUGGACUUCUCCAUUACCCUCUCGGUGUUUCCGGCUAUUACCACGAGAAUCGUCAGUUCCUCUCGGGAUGAGUCUUGGCAGAAAUUCUUCACUCCUGUUUGCUGCUUCCUGCUCUUCAACGUGAUGGACUGGUUGGGCCGCAGUUCGACUUCCUACUUCCUCUGGCCACAGAAGCACCUUCGUCUCCUUCCCGCCGCGGUGGGACUCCGAGUCUUCCUCAUCCCCAUGUUCCUUCUGUGCAACAUCCAGAGACAGAGUGCGUGGCCUGUGCUGUUCCACCACGACGCCUGGUUUGUGGUCCUGAUGGUGGUUUUUUCUCUGUCCAACGGCUACUUCGUCUCCCUCACCAUGUGCCUGGCCCCCAAGCAGGUCCAGCCGGAAGAGAGCGAGCUGGCGGGGGCCAUCAUGACCUUUUUCCUGGCAUUGGGACUCUCCUGCGGGGCAGCCCUCUCCUUCCUCCUCAAGCUGCUCCUUUGAUGGCCUCCCUCCUGCCCCUCCAACACCCGGCAAGCGCAUCAAGAUUGCAAAGGUUUGGCCUCUGUCUCUCUUGAAGGCUCCAUGGGUAGCGAACGGAUUCCCCUGGCAUGAUUUUCCCCCAACCCCCCCUCCUUGUGGCAGCUAGGCAAACAGGUGGCUCAGCGGUUAAAGACACUGAGCUUGUCAAUCAAAAAGAUCGGCAGUUCAGCGGU